AUGCUGCGGGCCUGCCGCCGCCAUCCCGCUGCCGCCGGCGCUGCUCCUCGGCCGCCCCUCGCCAUGCUGGGAGAGAGCCCGGCCGCCGCCCGGCCGCUCCUGCGGGCGGGACCCCCGCUGGCGCUCUGCUACACCUCGGCCCUCCUGGUGCUCGCCCUCUCCGCGCUGCCCGCCGGCCGCGCCUCUCAUCCCUUGCCCGGCUCAGAGUGCCAGGGCGGCGGCAAGGGGAAAGGCAUCAACUGCUCAGAGUUAAAUGUAAGGGAAUCUGAUGUAAGAGUGUGCGAUGAAUCGUCAUGUAAAUAUGGAGGAGUGUGCAAGGAGGAGGGCGAUGGCUUGAAGUGUGCGUGUCAGUUCCAGUGUCACACAAACUAUAUUCCAGUUUGUGGAUCAAAUGGAGACACUUACCAAAAUGAAUGCUUCCUCAGGAGAGCUGCUUGCAAGCACCAGAAAGAGAUAACAAUGGUAUCAAGAGGACCUUGUUAUUCUGAUAAUGGCUCUGGGUCAGGAGAAGGAGAGUAUGAAGGCUCUGGGACAGAAGUUCAGAGAAAACACUCAAAAUGUGGAGUUUGCAAAUACAGGGCUGAGUGUGAUGAAGAUGCAGAGAAUGUUGGGUGUGUAUGUAACAUAGACUGCAGUGGAUACAGUUUUAAUCCUGUGUGUGCUUCUGAUGGAAGUUCCUAUAACAAUCCGUGCUUUGUCAGAGAGGCAUCAUGUCUGAGGCAAGAGCAGAUUGACAUCAGACACCUUGGGCACUGCUCAGAAACAGAUGACACAAAUGCAGUUGGAAAGAAAGAUGACAGCAUGCAGUAUCGGCCAGAAGUGAAAGAUGCCAGUGAUCAAAGAGAAGACAUUUACAUUGGAAACCACAUACCUUGCUCAGAAAGCUUCAAUGGUUAUUGUAUACAUGGAAAAUGUGAAUUCAUUUAUUCCACUCAGAAGGCUUCUUGCCGGUGUGAAUCAGGAUAUACUGGGCAGCACUGUGAAAAGACAGACUUUAGUAUUCUUUAUGUUGUCCCAAGUAGACAAAAGCUUACGCAUGUCCUUAUUGCAGCAAUAAUUGGAGCUGUACAGAUUGCCAUUAUAGUUGCAAUUGUCAUGUGCAUAACCAGAAAAUGCCCUAAAAACAAUAGAGGACGUCGGCAGAAGCAAAACCUAGGCCAUUUUACUUCAGAUACAUCAUCCAGAAUGGUUUAACUUAGUGCUUUUUAUACCUACAUUGACCAUGUGAUGUACAUUUUUAUUAUAUCUUUUUUUAAAGAAUGAAAAUAUUUAUUUCAGAGGCCUUAUUUUUGAACAUUUUUAGUGUAACAAUGUUGGUCUGUAUUCUGAAAGCAUCAGCUCUAACAGCUAUGGACUGUUUUAGUAUCUUUACUUUUAUGUUUCUGAAUACAGUAGUUCAUUUUCUGUAUCUGUAUCACAUGGUUAUAUAAUAGACUUGUGCUUUAUCCAUGGAAUGUAAUAUUUUUGAGAACACAGAUUUAUUCCAACAAUGGUUGUAGACUUAAAAAAAGCCCCAACAAACCAACAAAAUAAGUCCACAUUACCUAACAAACAAGGCAUGAACUAAAGGUAAAAAUGUUUACAGCUUACUUUUCUUAUGAAGAACUAGAAAACACUGUGUUUAAAUACCGUAGAUAUUUAAAUGUUUUUGGAAGUUAGUAACUGAUUUUUUAGACACUGCCUAUCGCAUGAACUGUGAAGCUGUGUGCUGUGUGUAGUUGUAACAUAUUUAUAAAAUGUGUGGGCUGGGUCUAAGCACUGCCAUCUUCAUAAAUAAUUCCAAC